GAGAAGAGAAGGAGAAGAGAAGGAGAAGAACAGCUUUAAAAACAGAAAGGAAAAUGACCGCCGACAGUGAGAUGGAGAUUAAAGAGGCGUUUCAACGAGCUCAGAAAGGCCACAACAACAAGGCCAAGCUGGUGGCCAGUCUGAAGAGCCGCUACAACAAGCUUGAGGAUAAGACCUUGUUCCAUGAGGAGUUUGUCUACUACUUGAAGUACGCCAUGAUCGUCUACAAGCGUGAACCAACAGUUGAAAAUGUCAUCGAGUUUGUCGCAAGGUUCGCCACAAGUUUCCAGUCUCCACCUAAAGCAGAGGAGGAGCAGCAGCAGGAGGAUGAGGAGGAAGAUGAAGAAGUUGAGGAGGAUCAUCCAUUUCUGAGCUUCAUCUUCAACUUCCUGUUAGAGUCUCAUAAAGCCAGCAGCCAUGCUGUGCGUUUCCGCGUGUGCCAGCUGAUCAACAAGUUGCUGGGCAGUAUGGCAGAGAAUGCCCAGAUUGACGAUGACCUCUUUGAUCACAUCCACCAAGCAAUGCUGAUCCGCGUCACCGACAAGUUCCCCAACGUGAGGAUUCAGGCUGCUUUGGCCAUGACGCGUCUGCAGCAGCCAAAGGAUCCUGAAUGCCCGACCAUCAACGCAUAUUUGUUGAUUCUGGACAAUGAUGGUAACGCUGAAGUGCGACGUGCUGUCCUGUCCUGCAUUGCGAUGUCCCCACGGACCCUCCCCAAAGUACUCAAACGUACCCGGGACAUCAAAGAGAACGUCCGCAAGCUAGCCUACCAGGUUCUAGCUGAAAAGGUUCACAUCAAAGCUUUGACCAUCGCACAGAGAGUUAUUCUUCUGCAGCAGGGUCUCCAUGACUCCUCAGAAGCUGUGAGGGAAGUGGUUUGUGAUAGUCUGCUGCCGGCCUGGCUGCUUCGGCUCGAUGGAAACAUCAUCGACCUCCUGCACAAGCUGGAUGUGGAGAACUGCGCCAAAACCGCUCUGGACACGCUGAAAGCCAUCUUCAAAGGCAAACCUUCUGAGGAACUGCUUCAGGAACAAGUUCAGCUGGACAACAGGAAGCUGAUCCCAGUGGACUCUCUGACCUGUGAGAAUGUGCUCUACUGGAGAGCUCUGUGUGAAUUCAUCAAUGCCAAAGGAGAUGAAGGUGAUGAAAUACUGGAGCAAGUGCUAGCAGACGCCGCCACUUACGCCAACUACCUCCAUGGAUAUCUGAGGGCGGUGCCCGUGCUGUCAGAGGAGCAGAGGGCCGACUUCAAUCACCUGGAGCUGGUCAUGACCAAAGAGUUCGUCUCUCAGCAGCUCAUCCAUCUCAUCGGCUGUCUGGACACAAACGAGGAGGGCGGCAGGAAGCGUGUGUUGGGUGUUCUGCAGGAGAUGUUGGCUCUUCCACAGACCCCCUCCUCUCUGGUCUCCCUGCUCACUGAGAAACUCCUCACCCUCAUCUCUGAUGACCACAAACGCAUACAGACUGUGGCAGAAAUCAUCUCUGAUGUGAGGGAGCCCAUCAUGGAGGCCAGUCAACCAGUGGAUGAGAUUAUGAGCCGCCGGCAGCAGGUCCAGCUGGCAGAGGUGAAGGUGCGUAUCCUGGAAGCCAAACAAACCCUGGAGGACUGUAUCACUGCUCAGGAGUUCAGCCGCGCUGCAGAGCUGAAAGACUCCAUCACAGAGCUGGAGAACAACAGGAACCAGAUCAUCCAGGAAAUCGCAGAGAUCAACCAGCCGGCUGACAAAGAGAUCGGCUCUGAGAAGAAUGAUCCAGAGACUCUUCUGAGAUGUUUAACCAUGUGUGCUGAGCUGCUGAAGCAGAUGACCAUGAAGACUCGGAUUGGUCCAACCAUAAGUGCCUUAAUGUCCUCACUGGUCCUGCCCAGUAUAGCAAACGCUCACCCUGCUGUCCGCAACAUGGCCGUGGUGUGUCUGGGAACAUGCACUCUGCACAGCAAGGAGCUGGCCAAGGCUCACAUGGUCCUGCUGCUCCAGAUUGCCCAGCUGGAUGAGGUAAAGAUCCGUAUCAGUGCUCUGCGGGCCAUCAUCGACCUGUUGCUGCUCUUCGGCUUCCAGCUGCUCUCUGAAGCAGCUGCCACUCAGACUGCCCUGUCCUGGCAGUCUCCUGACAGGCAGGAAGAGGACGCACCCCCGGUGGCUGAGGACAAAGCAGAGGACACCGCGCAGAGUAUCCUUGUGAUGCUCUCAGAGUUUCUGGACAGUGAGGUGUCUGACCUGCGUACAGAAACAGCAGAAGGCCUGGCAAAGCUCAUGUACACCGGCCGCAUCUCCAGUGCUAAGAUGUUGUCCCGUCUGGUGUUGCUGUGGUACAAUCCUGUCACCGAGGACGACACUCGCCUGCGUCACUGCCUCGGCGUCUUCUUCCAACUCUACGCCCGCGAGAGCAGGCUCCACCAGGAGGUUGUGGAGGAGAGUUUCCUUCCAACGGUUCGGACUCUGAUGAAUGCCCCGGCCACCUCUCCUCUGGCUGAGGUGGAUAUUAACAACGUGGUGGAGCUGCUUGUGGAGCUGACUCGACCAAGUGCACUUAUUAAACCCUCAACCAACACAGAGGAGGUGUGUGUCCAUGACUUCUUGGCGGUGCGCAUGUGUGGGGAGAUGCUGAAGGACCCGACAGCCCCUGAGGUUCGUCUCUACGCCAAGACUCUGAGUAACCUGGAGCUCAGCAGAGACGAUACCGUCAGGAAAGACCUGCAGACGCUGCUGCAGCAGCUUGUACAGGUGGUGAAGGAUCGUGUGUGUCUCCGAGCUCUGGAAAAGAUGUUAAAUCAGCUUUUGGACUCAAGAGAACAGGCAGAGCUCCUCAUUGCCAGUGCACUUCAACCAGUGGAUGUCAAUGCAGAUGAGACUGCAACAGAAGAUCCAUCUAAAUCUGUCAAGAGAGGAAAACGAGGUCAGAGGAAAGUCUGCACGGCUAAAGGAGGCAGAAAGACGAGCAGGAGGGCCGAGUCGUCAGAGGAGAGUGAUGGAGAAAAUGUUCCAGAGUCAGUUCCCCAGGUGCGUCCGUCACGGAGAGCCAAAAUCGCAGCUCUGGAGAAAACAAAGCUGGAUCUCAACACCCUCAUCAACCAGGAGGCCAAUGUUUCAUAGAAGUCAGAUUAUGGACAGUUAAUGCAAAAAUAAUAGCUACAAUAUGUUACUUUU